AUGACUUCUACGCAAAAGGUCUUUGUGCCUCUCGAAAACAAUCCGGUAGUGAUGACGAAGCUCGCUCACCAGCUUGGUUUGUCGACUGAGUUUGCAUUUCAUGACAUCUACAGCUUGACUGAACCUGAACUCCUCGCCUUUGUGCCAAGACCAGCCCACGGUCUGUUGUUUGUUUAUCCUGAAACACCUGAAGGAGAGAAGUAUUUCCAGCAACAAUAUGCUCAAGAGCCUGAUUAUAACGAGACCGGAGGCGAGCCUGUUCUAUUCUAUAGGCAGACUAUUACACACGCCUGCGGCUUGAUUGGCCUGCUACACUGUAUCACAAACUCGACACGUUCCGCUAUUCUGCCAGGUAGCGACCUCGAAAAUCUUGUCCAGCAAGCCAUCACACUCAGGCCGGAAGCUCGAGCGCAACUGUUGCACGAUUCGGAUGUUCUUGACGCUGCACAUGAUGUUGCUGCUCAUACAGGUGAUACCGAGGCUCCCCCUCGAGGUCAAUGUCCUCCUCAAGCAUUCAUAGCAUUUGUGAAAGGUGCAGACGGUCACCUCUACGAACUGGAAGGUAGGAGGAAAGGUCCUGUAGACCUAGGUCUCUUACCAGAAGAUGCCGACGUUCUCAGCGAGGAUGCUUUGGCUCGAGGUCCUCUGGCUUUCGUUCGGCGAGAAGAGGCCCUUGGCGGCAAUCUGAUGUUCAGCUGCACUGUCCUUGCAUAA